AUGUCAAUCAACUAUUCGAAAAUGCAAGUGAAAAGCCUGUUUCAACCAUCAUUGCUUGAUAUGAGCCUGGAUGUUGCUGACUUUGUUUUCGAAAAGAUGGAACCCAAGGAUCUACUGACGACUAGAAAAGUAUGCCGAGGCUUCAGGACAGCCGUUGAUCACUUCGGUGUUCGUUUCGAUACAAUUAUUUUUAAAUUGUAUGAUAAUUGCAUCAAAAUGAUUUUGGACGAAGAGUGUAUCAGAUAUUUGGAUGCACACAGUGGUGGAGCGACUGUGGCUCACAGAGAACAAAAGAUUGUAUUAGAAAGUGGAAACUUUGUGGAAAUUGCACUCAACGACUUGAAGAUGGCAUUGAAAAAUGUAUCAAGCUUGAAUAUUUUUAACAAAACAGAAGAAAGAGACGACAUGAUGGUCACAUCUUUUUUGGGCUAUUUGGAAUCAGAAAAGUGUAUUUACGUAAAACAAAUUCACUUUGAGGUAUUCUCAUUUGGCGGUCGUUUGAAUUGUGGAGGAUUCAGUCUUGAUCCGGGAGCUUGUACCCAGCGUUUUCGAAGUCCUCGAUGGUGA